UCAGGCGCCGGGCAGCAGGACCGGGCAAAGCCGGAGGUUUGCCGUGAACGCUGUCAGGGAGCCUGGUCGCCUCCGGCUCUACUUUCGGCUCUACCUCCGCCUCCAUCUCUGUCGAUCCCUGCGCCCUCGCCCGCCGGCUCCAGCUGCCGGGCCGGCUGAGAGGAUGUCAUUCCCUGUGGAUAUAUUGAACAACUGCAGUCAUGAGGACUUGGAGAGCUCAGCAGAUGACUUCCUCUUUGACCUUCGUUGGGGGUAUCUAGACUGUCCUGCAUUUUUCUCUCUACCAGACCACCGCAAAGUUCCUAUUAGCUUGUCAACUGUGGGCUAUGUUCCUCUUUAUGGUGAAGAGCAGACACACAAAGUUCUUGCGCUGUUUGCACCAUGGGACUCGCUCACAGCUGUAGCCCUGUAUCUUGCUGACCAGUGGUGGUCAAUUGAUGACAUUGUGAAAACAUCUGUCCCUGCUAGACAGGGGCUUCAUCAGGUGCAGUCUGUCGGAGAGAGGAUUGUUCUCUACGUUCUGAAUAGAAUUAUCUAUCGAACGCAAGAAAUGGAAGGAAAUGAGAUCCCAUUUCUCUGCCAUGGAAGCAGUCACUAUGCUAAGAUCAUGUGGAAAAAAGGAGAGGCUAUUGGAUUCUAUUCUGUUAAACCUACAGGAAGUGUUUGUAACUCAUUUUUUCAUCAGGAGUAUAAACUGACAGUGCUAGACUCAAUGUUUGUGAGAAAGAAACAUCGUGGGAAAGACUCUGGGCUAAUCAUGUUGGAAGACUUUGUGGAUUCCUUUACUGAAAGGCCUCUGGGCCUACGAUACCCACUGUCGUCCUUUGUGUAUACAGCUUGUAAGCAGUAUCUUGAGAAGUACCCUGCGGAUAAAAACCUUUUGUGGCAAGUGGAGGGAGCAGGAGAUUGGUUCCAAAGAAAGUCUAUUAUUUCUAUAGUGCAGAAGGAAAAUCUCAAAAUUGCAGCUGAGGCCUCAAAGAAGGAAAAUAACAGUUUGCAAACAGAGGAUAAGCUUAGUCAGUCUGCAGUAUCUGAAGCAAGUGGACAGAGGACUGAGAGGACUGAGCUAGAAUCACAGCUAAAUGCUAACUUGCAAAAAGAUAAAGAAUCAACAGCUGUCCAGGCAAGCACAUCUGAAGAGCCUAACGUAAGUCACGUUCCUGUCUGGACACGAAGUGGUCAAUUGAAACGUCAGAGUAUAAAUAAAACUAGACAGCAACCUGGACCUGAAACUUCCAAAAGAGAUGAUGAAAAUGCUCUUCCUGCAUCCAAAAACAGGCCGGAACUUCUUGCCCACACAUCUGAAAAUUCUGAAGACUUGGUAGAGGUACCUAAGGUGGAUACUGUUGAGAAGGAUGAGGAAGUAAUUGUUGAAAACGAGGGCCAGUCUGUGUUAGAAGCGGAGCUACGUGUAUCACCCCCUGAGAAACAGAGUGAGAAGGAGGAAUCUCCAUCAGAACCUCUUAAUGGUGAGGUAGCAGAGGAAACUGGUAGGACCUCACUUAUGGCUGAAGAGGGAACAGCAAAUGAAGUUCCAAGUGGCGAGCCAAAAUUGCAGUCUGAGAGUCAAGGAAAAGACCCCUUAACGCUGUUUGUUCCAUUAAUCCUUGAGUCUCCAGCAAAAUCUUCAGAAGACACUGUAUCAGAAAAGGUUUUAAAUGAAAAUGAUUCAGAAGUGCUGACUGAAGAAGUUACAUCAGUAGAGAAGGAGGGCAUUGGAGAACAGCAAGAAUCUGAAAAGGCCACCACUGAAAAUGCAUCUGCUUCAGCAUCAAAGGAAGAGCUCUCUGACAAUGUCCUGCCUAACUCUGCAGCAACUGAAGCAACUGAAGAGUCUCUUUCUGAAAACUUACCUGCCUCAUUAGAAGUUCAAAAUGAGGAAGCAGGGCACAACUCACAGGAGGCCCCUGUUGCCUUGAGUCAGAGCUCUUUGAUAGUGGUUGAACUUGAGGGUGUUUCUUUUCAGCAGCCUUCUGGGCAGGAAGGACAGAAGAACCAGUUGGAAGAGCCCUCAGAAGAGUCUACAGAGCAGACAGAUCACUACACGCAGACAGUGGCAGAGCGGGCUGCUGACAGCAGCUCUGAGGAAGCAGAAAUUGAGGUACCUGUAGUAGAUCGGAGAAACUUGCGAAGAAAGGCCAAAGGCUAUAAAGGUCCACCCAAGAAAAAAGGAAAGCCAGCUUAAAAAUGAAAUAUUGAUUGUUAAUUCAUCUAUUUAUAAGAAAGUUAUUUUGUGUAAAACAUUAGGGUGUAACUAAACCAUAUCAGGCACAGGACAUGGCGUGUUUAAAAUUCUGGGUUGGACUUCCUUUUGGGUUCAUCACCUUUUUUCAAGGUUUAAUUUUUAACCACUAGACAUUGAACUUCUUUAUAGUAUGAAAGUAAAUAGGCACUGUCCUCCCUUCACAAAGAAUAUAUGCUGAAGAAAUACAGUUUGGGAACAUAUACAAGAAAUACAGUUAAGGGAACAGUUUGUGUAAUUAAAGUGGCAGUCAUGGAAGAAAAAUGCAGUGUGAAAUCCUGGCUCUAUCAAGGCCCUUAAAUUCCCAUAGAUGGCCAUGAUACCAGACAUCACUCCAGAUAUAUAUAUUUUUUUUUAAAUAACUUUUUGUUCUCUACUGUGGAAAGAAGCAGAGCAAGAAAAAUCCUACCUUGCUUCUUGUUCUCUUUCCAAAGGUUUUCUCAUAUGAGAUUAAAAGAAUGUAAAGUCUGUCAUUCUAGGUCUCAAAAUAUACAAGGUGUAGCUCAGUAGAUCAACACAACAUAAGCAUUUAUCUUUCAUGAGAAUCACUUGAAACAGCUGAGUCAGUAGAAACACAGUGCAGUAUCUGCCACAGCUGAUUCUGGUAAUGGAUUUCUUGUGCAAAGAUAGAGAUGCCUACAUGGUAAACUAUUUGUGGCUUCCUAAGCAAGCAUUUUGAUAAUCGUAAGUUUUUCCAGAGUGUAUGGAGUGUAGACUACAUAUGGAAUUGUUUGAACUGCCUUCCUAACUACUUGCAUGUGUUGAGUGAAUAGUUGAUUACUGGUUGCAUUACAGGAAAAGGAUAUGACAACUUUUGAUCUUGUUUUGGUCUGAAUGGAAGUGGUUCUUCAUUUUUUCCAAAUACUUUGCUAGUGCUGUGGGGUAACUAUUAAAAUUUUGUGUCUGCCAGAUGUGUGACUCCCGAGAGCACUGACAUUUCAGAUGGUUAUGACAUUCAUUAGUGUGACUAUUAGUGGGUAUUUCAGCAAAUGCUUGUUUGCCAAACUUCCAUGCCUUUAGGAAUUAGCAGGUGAUAGAUUGCAAAUGUUUCUGAUUCCCACUUUCUUUUUCCAACCUGAGUGCAAUUCCUAGGAUGAUAGCUUCCCGGUUCACAACUGUUCUUAAAAGCAGCAACUAAACUUUGCUGUAUGUGGACAGAAAUAAACCCAGACUUUCCAUGCAUAUUCCCCUUCUGAGGUUCUCCUGGCAAACCAUGUACUUAACUUGUCACACAUACCUAAGCUACUCCUUAGUUUGCUAUGUAUAUUCCAGUAAAUGAAGCUUCUCUAGUAAUGGGUUAAAAACUCAGAAAUAAAAGAACAAUGAUUCUAAGAACAGGAAAUCACACACCACUUUUUGUUCUGCUUAUAUGCCUUUUCCAAGGUGAGUGAACUAGUCUUUCACAAUAUCUCAAAAACAAAGGUACAACUAUUCAAGGUUCACCUGAAUAGUUGCAGUGCUGUCUUAACUUUUAUCCUUUUAUGAAGCUAAUAAAAGAAUUUGGUUUUGGACUUUUAUGCUUAUAUAAUUUAACUCAUAAUUUAUAAGAUAUUUUAACUAUAUAAGAUACAUUCAUGCUAUUUCCUUUAGCUGAUGAAAUACCAUGUUCCUUUUGAAUCUGUUAGGAGCAGCUCAUAGAAAAAAAAAAGUUUUAAAAAAAUGUGUUACCUAAACUUUAAACUUGGAGUGCAUGAGAUUACUGAGUUAAGUCUGGGUUUCUUGAACUAUUGCAUGUAGCUAUAAUAUCUUAGCAAAGUACAUACAGGUACUCCUUAUGAACCCCAUCACUGAUAAAUAUUCAAGAUAUUUCCUGAUUGUGUGCAAACAUAUUCAGGUGAACCUCAAGCAUUUCUAAAACUCAUGAAACAUUUUUAUAUAAAAAACUUCUGUUAUCUUGUGUAUGGUUUCUCUUUUACUGCUGAGAUUAAUUAUGUUUUAAAGAAGAAGUGGCUAGAAAACACAUCUCUUGCAUUGCUAAGACUCUGGGGUUUGUGAGGACUGGUGGCCUAAAAGAGAGUGGUUGUAUACAGUAUAUUGCAAUUCAUCUUCAUUUUUAGGGCAAGCUUUACUGAAGAUGAAUCUGCUGAAUCCUUCAAUUGAUAUAAAUGUAUCUGCUUUCAAAAAGUUAAGGAUUCUUUAGCUUACAAAAAGUGAGCCCCAGUUAUUUCAGUUACUCCUAGGUGAAUUUUUGAUAUUUGUGUUUAUUGCUUAUAUUCCCUGUGAAGUUGAAAAACUGUUCAUGAGAAGGUAAUUUCACUCACUUGGCUUUUACUUUACAUGGCUAAGUUGGAAUGAUUUCAGCAAGAUAUUUGCAUAGUCAGUAGAUAAGUAUUGCGUCACUAUGAUAUUAAGACACUCUUAGUUUCUACUAAGAGCAAUCAAAUUUCUGAUCUCAUUUCAGUGAGUCAGUUUAAAUAAUGAACUUAAAUUCACAUGUUUAAAUUAUUCUCUUGAGUAGAUACUUCUAAAAAUCUGGUGUAUGUGGGAUAAUAGCUGACAGCCAGACUUUUAACAUACAGAAUGUGGGCAGUUGUGGUGCAAUUGGAAAUUCAGAGAACCAAUAUAAUCUUGAAAAAUGGACACUGUUCUAACUGGGAUCACAGCAGUACUUUGAACCAAAGGCCGCAUUUUUUGUCUAUAACAACUUCUUUGGCAUUAAUCAUUCUGCAGUAAAUACAGAGUAGGAAAAUAAAAAUACUGACUUUAUUGUUUUUAUGGCUGUACUGUACAGUAGUUCAAUAGCCUAUGCAUUCUGUUAAAUUUAUAUAAGGGAACAUGUCUGACCACUGUAUUGACUGGAGUGUUUUAUCUUGGGAAAAACGGUGGUUUCUAAGCUUGGAAAAAUUUUUUGGUAUAUUAACUAUCUUAUUACCAUCAAACUCUUAAAUAAUUUUUAAGAUCCUAUUGCACCAGCAACAAAUGAUUAAAACAUCAACUUUAUACAAGUUUGUAACAAAUGUUAUUACAACAUGCUGUGGAAGUAAGUGUGUAGAGUGAAAGCAAGCAGUAUUAUUUUUGAGCUUUAUUUAGACUAGGAAUAGAGCUUAAAGAACAUUUUUUGACUUCAGCCUUGCAUUUAAAUGCUAAAUGGUUUUGUACUUGAAUCCAACGUUUAUUCAUAUGUCUGUCUUGUACUGCUUCUUGCACAUUCUCUCCUGGUCAGUUUUAAUUUCAUGCAGAAUUCUUGUUUGCUGUUCCCUUGUUCCACAGCCCUUUACAUGAAAAUAUAUACAUCUUACUUCAGAAGAGCUUUAACUUAUUUUAAAUUAUGUCUGACCAUGGUCUGCUGCUUUCUCGUACCAUUUCAUGUGUAGAUUUCAAUAAUCAAAUUGAUCAUUUACAAUGUCAUUGACAUGACUUACACAUAGCAACAAAUAAGUUUAAGUUUCAGCUUCCCUGCUCUAAGUGACUGUUCUAAAACACUAUUUCCAAGGGGAUAUACUUCUAAAUUUAUUUUCACAAAUGUGGUGUUAGAUGUUUUCUAAACUGGUGAUACUGUGUUUAUAAAUCUUAUGAAAGAUGUGUUACUAUUGCAUAGUAUUGUACCUUAGUCUUGUUAGUGUUAAUAUUUCCUUUUUUAGUACUGCCUUGGCUGCUUUUGAAAUGUUUGAAGUAGUAAUUAAACUAUUAUUUUGUGAUUUAUUUUUUUUUCUGCUUGGUUUUUAGUAUUUGAGUCCUUUCUGCUAUACAGGAAGCACAUUUUAAAGUGAUUCAGUUCACUAGAACUAUUAUUUUACAAUCUGUCUGCUACAAAGGAGUUCUAAAACAUCAAAGGUUAUUAAUUGAAAAAUCUUAUAUCAGUUAAAACAGUUUUCUGUAAUUAGUGCAUCAGACUUUUUUUUUUAAAGUAACAGAAUAGGCUCUUCUGUAUGUUACAGCGUGGAUUCUGCUGUUUAUAUCAAUAAUGCAAGAUGAUGUAAACGUAGCAGUUAUUAAUGGAGUUUGCUAUGGACAACCAACUAGAAAUGCUGUAAUGCAUUCCUACAGUGUGAUAAAUUAAAAUGCCUUAAGAGCAGUAAUUGUUGAACCAACAAGUCACAUGAGGAUGUCAGUAAUCAAACUGAUCAUUUACAAUGUCAUUGACAUGACUUACACAUAGCAACAAAUUGAUCUAAGUUUCAGCUUCCCUGCUUUAAGUGACUAUUCUAAAAUACUAUUUCCAAGGGGAUAUACUUCUAAAUCUAUCUUCACAAAUGUGAUGUUAGAUGUUUUCUAAACUAGUGAUACUGUGUUUAUCAAUCUUAUGAAAGAUGUAUUACUUUUUUAGUAUAUAAAUAUAUUUAAAGCACAAAAUGUAGUAAAGUUUUUCAAGACAGCUGUAGAAAAUUAUUCUGUUCAUGUUGUUAAUGUCCAGUAAACGUUAAAGCAACAGGAACUUAAAUGGGGGUUAUCUGUUCUGACAAAAUGCCCUCUCUCCAAGCAAAUAACUUACUGGUUUGUGAUUCUCUUUUAUUUAUCAUUUACACAAAGUAAAAACCAUAGUAAAUUACUAAGUCUAGAUGAGGGCAAUGUGUUAAAUUAAUUAAACAGUUUGUAACAGAAGGCUCUGUGUUAAAAUACUGCCUCUAUCAGAUCAUAUAAGAGAAGUUAUGAUGGCAGUACAUAAGCAGCUAGCUUGACUUCCAGACCGGAGUUCCAGAUCUGAAACAUGACUGAGGAGCAUCUGUGAUAGAAGAGGCUGAGAGCUGCAAUUGUUCUGCCUGGAGAAAGCUCAGGAAGGUCUUACCUUCUGUACAAAUACCCGGUGGAGAGGGAGGGUGUAUGUCAUGAACGAUUCUUUAGGUUGCCUAAGAAUUGCUGUCUAAGGUAUUAACAGAAGCAGGUUUAAUUUGCAAAAGCAUGAUUUAACAAAGUUUGUUGGUGAAAUUUGCUCUAUUACUUACUAGAUAGAUGAAGUAUACAAAAGAAAAUAGAAUUAGAAUCAAUCUAAAACUAUUUACAGAGAUUGAGGAUGCCAAAGGGCAAGGGAGACGCUCCUGUUACGAGGUUCAGAGAGGAUUCCCUUUCUUUUGUAUAUGCAUAGAAGGUAAGGAUUGUUGGUAAUAACACUGUGAGAAAGAACAGGAUAUGGCUGCAGAUGGGGGCAUAUCGAGGUAGGGCAGCACUUUUCCAGGAAAAACUUCCUUGUUCUAGCUUCUGGGAAUAAACACAACACAGUACAGAGCAGAUGCAGGGAUACAGCUGACCUACCCCCGUGGCUCCACGAAGUCUGGGUGCACACGUGCUGCAGGACCUGGACACCCAAUCAGCUGCAGCAAUGUUCCAAUCUCCCUCCCUUCCUAAUUCAUCUCUCUGUAUCUCUCUCUCCCUGCUUUCAACCUCUCCUUUAUCCAAAACCCACUGGCAUGUGCAUAUACUAGAUCUGGGACUAACAUGCUGUGUAAUUUACUAAUAAAACUUCAUAAGCUUUUGCUGAC